AUGCCAGCUAAGAAGCGCACGUCUACCGUCGCGAACAGCGACGCGACGGGCCCAUCUAAACGCACGCGCAAACCAGUUCCAGAGACCGCUGCAAGUUCGCGUCCUAAGCGAUUGUCUUUUGUAACGCUUCCACCGCGCGCAGCAAAAACCAAGACAGCAACUGUUGCCCCCGCUGCUGCAAAACCGAGAACUGCCUCUGCCAGCAAAGCCCCCGACACCCCGAAGAAAAGAGGCCGUCCAUCCCUGAAAGCCACGACGCCCGUGAAAGAAACGAAAGAAAAACCCACGAAACAGCCUAAAAAGGUUACUACGACUGCCGCCGGCAGAUCCAAAGCCGCUGCUACUACGAAAAAAAUUGCUGCAGGUAAGCUUGCGAAACGACGCGGUAGACCGCCCAAGUCUUCUUUGCCCUCAACCGAGGCCACCGCCACAACCACCACCUCCUCCAAGAAGAGGAAGAGGACCGUUGGGAAACCCAAGCAAGUAUCGAAUAUUCUUCUACCAAAGAAGGGGUCAGCCGGGAAGCUUGUCAAGAAGCAACCCGUCACCAGAAGACCUCGCAAGCCAUUAUACCUCAAUGAUAAAGAGCCUGACCUAACCAUUGAGGUGGCUGAAGAUGAUGCAUACGGACCCGAUGGCCGGUCAUAUUGGCUCAUGAAGGCGGAGCCCGAGUCGCGACUUGUCAAAGGCGUGGACGUCAAGUUCUCGAUCGAUGACCUCCGUGCGGCUACCGAGCCAGAGCCAUGGGAUGGUGUUCGCAAUCCUGUCGCUCGAAACAAUAUACGCGCUAUGAAGCAGGGUGACUACGCGUUUUUCUACCAUUCCAGCUGCAAGGUUCCUGGUAUCGUGGGAGAAAUGGAAAUCGUGAAGGAGCACUCAGUAGAUGCUUUUGAUCCCGCUCAUCCAUACUAUGACGAGAAAUCCAGCCGAGAAAAUCCCAAGUGGGAAGUCGUCCAUGUCGAGUUUCGGCGCAAAUUCGACAAAACCCUAACUCUGGAGACACUUAAAGCACACGCUCUGCCAGGAUUUCCUUUAGACGGCCUGCAGACUAUCCGACAGUCGCGCGUGAGCGUUUCUCGCGUCACACCAAAGGAAUGGGAGUAUAUCAAGAAUUUGAUCGAUGAGCAGAACAAGAUCGACGAAAAGGCCGAUACUGAAAUGAAGGAUUUCGGUGAAGCCGAGGCAGACACAAAUGGCGAGGCAGAGACAGCGAAUGAAACUGCUCCUGAGCCAGCAUCAGAGCCCAUCCCAGAACCGCAAUCUGCUUCUGGUGCAGCAGAGCCGGCGCCUUCACCUGCACCUCCAACCGAGCCCACAACUGCUGCAAGCAACAAGCAGCCCGUUGAGGGUGUUCAGAAGCAUGCAGAUAAGCCUGAAGAGAACGGCUCCAAAGGGGAAGACUCUUUAGAUAAGAGGAGUGGAGAGUCGAACGAGAACGGUGUUAAUGGUCAGACCACUACCGAGCGUCUUGCGUCGGUCAUCACAGGGGCUUUCCUGACGAGCUGA